GUAACAGACUCUUUCGUAUGGUCAGUUAAUAAGCAAAGCUCAACAUUUAAUCCGUGUCAAAUUACCGAAAUCACAAGAUGAACAUCACUGUCUCGCAUCCCGGGCAGCAUGAAGACAGCUUUAAACCAACAGUCGCCCUGAGCCUCAUUGCCGCACUGGCCACUGCUUACCUCCUGACCAAACGUUCACGGCCACAGCCUCCUGGCCCGUGGGUUAUAUUGCCAGGUACGACUGAGUAUAUAUAUAUGUAUUAUACAGUUCACCAUAAUAUCCCUAGUUUUCUGUAUUCUGUCUCCUUGGACUGCUCGUCGUAUUCGGUACCAGUGAACAAUGAAGCACGAUACUUGAGUUUGACACAAGACUUUGAGCUCACAAAAACAAACAUAGAAUUUUUUAGAAAAAAAAUGCUUAAUAUAAAGAAAUCUUUAAUAUUUUUGUUUUAAUAAAAACGAUUUUAUGGAUGUUGGAAAGUCUUUGGAUUCUGCUACCGUGAUACUCAGUGACCACCAGGCAGAAAUUAAUAAGCAAGAAAUUAUAUAAAAUAUGCUUAUAGAAUACUUGUUGAAAAUAUUGUUAAGAGUCCUUACCUACGAAGUGUUUUGUGCUAGUUGGACAGCAAAGACGAGCUAUUCCAUUGUAAUGCUUUUAGAAAUGCUUAACUUACUAUAAAUACUUACCUUUGAAGGUAUUGGACAUCUUCUGAGAUUUGCCAAGGAUCCGGUGGACCAACUCCGAGUGUUGAGAAAACAAUAUGGCGAUGUGUUCAAAGUCUACAUGGGGACCAUGCCAGUUGUGUUCAUCAAUGGAUAUGACGUGGUGCAUGAAGUACUACAUGUCAGGGGGGCUGAAUUCGCGCAACGCCCCCAAACAUUUAUUGCCGACAGCUUGGCGGACCAUAAAGGUAAAUUGAUUAGAGAAUUUUUUUAAACAUUUCUGUUUAUAAAUUUGUUGAGCAGAUAUAAAUUGUUUCUGUACGUAACGUGUUUAAAGCCAACCUUCUGUUUCUCCUACUCUUGCUCAUCAACAUAACUUAAUGUAGAAUCUAGAAGUGUCAAAAUGUGCGCUCACCAACAUAGCCUUAUGUACAAUCUAUAGGUGUCAAAUGUGCGCUUAUUAACGUAACCUAAUGUAGAACUUGAAAUUUCAAAAUGUGCACUCAUCAUCAUAACCUUUAUUUAGUUUCUAGAAGGGUCAAAAUAUGUGCUCAUUAAAUAACCUUUAUGUAGAGCCUGUAGUGUCAAAAUCUGGCUAAAACAAACUUUGUGUCAUAACAGUUACAAUGAACUUAUUGUAUUUUGAAUUCUUUUGUAGCACCAUGUGUUUGUUUAAGAAAUUCUAACUUGAUGAAAUGCAUAAUGUUGAACGAUACUAUCAAGGGGCAUAUUACUAGUAUAUUUUUUUAUGCAGCGCUGCAAUCAUUAUCUGUAGUCGAUUCUGUACAUGGUAUUGGGCGAUGUUAAAAUAUUGCUUUUUAAUGUGCCUGACUUUAUCGAUGUGUGAUGUUGUAAUACAAACAGUGUUAAUGAACCCAAACAAUCAUUUUCCUCACCUAGGAUUGUUAAACACAAGUGGACAUGUCUGGACGGAGCAGAAGCAAAAUAUUGUGAAGACGUUACGCAAGCUGACCGCAGCUGGUGGACUCUUGGAGCGCUACAUGGAGACUGCUUUGAACAAUUUGGCUGACAACUUCAACUGUCUGAUACAGAAGGGGGAGGGUGGACAAGUCGAUGUUUGAAGACGUUACGCAAGCUGACCGCAGCUGGUGGACUCUUGGAGCGCUACAUGGAGACUGCUUUGAACAAUUUGGCUGACAACUUCAACUGUCUGAUACAGAAGGGGGAGGGUGGACAAGUCGAUGUCGCACCUUUGUUGAAGAGGUCCGUUUGCUCAAUAUCCUUC